GCUGCCGUCGAGCGCGGCGCGGGGCCGGCGGGCGGGGCCGAGGGGCGGCCAUGGCGGCGGCGGGCCGGCUGCCGGGCGCCUGGGCGCUGUGGGCGCCGCUGCUCGGGGGGCUCGCGCUGCUGGCAGUCGGGCCGGCCCCGGCUCGGGCGCUGCACAACGUCACGGCCGAACUCUUCGGGGCGGAGGCCUGGGGCACCCUGGCGGCCUUCGGAGACCUCAACUCCGACAAGCAGACGGACCUCUUCGUGCUGCGGGAAAGAAAUGAUUUAAUCGUCUUUUUGGCAGACCAGAACGCACCCUAUUUUAAACCCAAAGUGAAGGUGUCCUUGAGGAACCACAGCGCCUUGGUGACGGGCGUCGUGCCCGGGGACUAUGACGGAGACUCCCAGAUGGACGUCCUCCUGACGUACCUGCCCAAAAAUCAUGCCAGCAGCGAAUUAGGAGCUGUCAUCUUCUGGGGACAGAACCAAACCUUGGACCCCAACAAUAUGACCAUACUCGAUAGGACUUUUCAAGAUGAACCUCUAAUUAUGGACUUCAAUGGUGAUUUAAUCCCCGACGUGUUUGGCAUCACGAACGGAUCCGGCCAGCCCCAGGUUCUGCUGGGAGGGAAUUUAUCGUGGCACCCCACACUGACCACUAAACGGAAAAUGCGAAUCCCACAUUCCAAUGCGUUUAUCGAUCUGACUGAAGAUUUCACGGCAGAUUUAUUCCUCACGACGUUGUCUGCCUCGGGCACCUCCCAGUUUGAGAUAUGGAAAAACGUGGACGGGAACUUCUCCUUCGGCUCUGAGCUGCAGACGCCGCAGGCCCUGGUGGUGGUCGGGCAGUCGGCCUUCGCGGACUUCGAUGGAGACGGACACACGGAUCACUUGCUCCCGGGCUGCGAGGACAGCAGCUGCCAGAGAAGCGCCAUCUACUUAGCGAGGUCCGGGACAGCGCAGUGGGUCCCGGUGCUGCAGGACUUCGGCCACAAGGGCGCGCUCUGGGGCUUCGUGCCGCCGGGGCAGGAGCCACUCCCCACGGAGAUCCCCGUUCCCAUCACCCUGCACGUGGGCGACUACAACAUGGACGGCUACCCGGACGCCCUGGCCGUGCUGAAGAACACGUCCGGGAGCAACCAGCAGGCCUUCCUGCUGGAGAACGUGCCUUGCACCAACGCGAGCUGCGAGGGCGCGCGCCGCAUGUUCAAGGUCUACUGGGAGCUGGCGGACCUGAGUCAAGUCCGAGACGCCGUGGUCGCCACCUUCUUUGACAUUUACGAAGACGGGAUCCUGGACAUCCUGGUGCUCAGCAAGGGCUACACAAGGAACGAUCUCACCAUCCACGCGCUGAAAAACAACUUCGAAGCCGAUGCUUACUUUGUUAAAGUCAUUGUUCUCAGCGGCCUCUGCUCCAACGACUGCCCGCGGAAGAUAACGCCCUUCGGCGUGAACCAGCCAGGACCCUACAUCAUGUACACGACCGUGGACGCCAACGGGCACCUGAAGAACGGGUCAGCGGGGCAGCUCAGCCAGUCGGCGCACCUGGCCCUGCAGCUGCCCUACAGCGUGCUCGGCCUGGGCCGCAGCGCCAACUUCCUGGACCACCUGUACGUGGGCAUCCCCCGGCCCUCGGGGGAGAAGGCCGUGCGGAGACAGGAGUGGACGGCCAUCAUCCCGAACUCGCAGCUCAUCGUCAUCCCCUUCCCUCACAGCGCCCCCCGCAGCUGGAGCGCCAAGCUGUACCUCACGCCCAGCAACAUCGUGCUCCUGACGGCCGUCGCGCUGGUCGGCGUCUGCGUCUUCAUCCUGGCCGUCAUCGGCGCCCUGCACUGGCAGGAGAAGAAGGCGGACGACCGGGAGAAGCGGCAGGAGGCCCACCGGUUCCACUUCGACGCCAUGUGACCCGCCCUUCGCACCGCGCCGCGGGCCGGCCUCCGCGCCAUCCGCCGGAGCGCUGCCGGUGGCUUAGAGAAGAAUUAGGGGAUUCCGAACGUAAUUUCUAACCGAUGCUGCUUUGGUGAUUCCUGGAGAGCACGCGCACAGACGCGGCGGGAACGCGCCGGGGCCUCCUCGGAGCGCAGCGCGCUGCGCGGGGGCGGGGCCCGCCGGAGCCGCUCCGCGUGGGGCGGGUCGCAUGUUCUCGGGUGUCUGCGUCUCUGCACGCUUGUCACGGCGAUGGUGGCGGGAAAGACCGUGAAUAAAGGCAUUUCCGUGAGCGGGGCAGUCCACGUCCGCUCUUCCGACGCUGCGGACGGCCCUUCCGGGGCGUUUCCUAGAGUCACCGACCGUCGCAGAGGCGGGCGGAGCGGUGAGCGGGGCCUGGCCUGGGGCCCGCCCGCCCGCCCCACCCUCCCUAACCCUCGGAGCUUGGCUGGCGUUUGACCCGGGGACCCUCCGUCCUGGUCCGUUGUGGGCGGGGCCGUGAGCACGGGUGGGCGCGGCGCGGGUGAAGGGUCCGGCUCAGGGUCCGGCUCGGAGCGGGGCUCGAGGAGAGAGCGCUGUCAUCGCUACUUUUAGAUGCUUGCUUUACACGUCUACAGCUAAUGGUCAACAGAUACAACAAACUCCAGAGAAUUUUACUUUCAGGCAUUAGGAGCUCACGUUUGGAAAACCUGAGUUCUUGGUGGGUGGCAGCUGGUAGAAGGGUUUGUUCCGAGUCCGCAGAACCUAAAACAUCACCGCAGCCCCCAGGACUGAACGCGCCCCGCACUGGCACGUGACCCCUGACCCCGUCUCGCGGUGGCGAGGGGCACCGACGUCUCCCGGGAGGCACGGCCCCGUCACCAGCGUCUGGUCAAAGCCCGCGGGGCCUGUGGUUCGCAGCCAGGCUGCAGAGCGGGUUUCGGGAGGCGCACCUCACCGGGAAGGUCCUCUGGGACGUGACUCUAAGACCUGGGGGGUGGGGGGGGGGUUUGCAACCAGUCGGCGCCAGUGCUGUCCUGCAUGCAGACGGACGUGUGGCGGCUCCGUGACGCGGACGCCGGCCGAACACGGCCUGUGACUCGUGCUGUGCUGUCCUGGCCGCCCGCUGGGGACGGCUGGUUGUCAGUGAUGGAUUGACUCUGUGUCUGAGCAUGUUAAUGUCCUCUUAAUAAAUAUUCUGUGUUGAGACCAAGUA